CUGCAUCAACUACCCUCCCAUAACGACGGAUUUGCGAGACUACCCAAUGUCGACGUCGCAAAAACAUGUGACCUGCCUAUCACGCGGUCAAACAACCCAGGAGGCCCUUUUAGUGUUUGUUCAGUAUUUCAACAAGAAAGCUACCCAGUCCGCCAUGGAUGUUUUACUUGUCAACUGCGACAAGACCUACUCGUUAGAAUCUGUAGAGGAAUUGAUAAAAGUUGCUAAAAAUGCUUGUGUUGGAUCUAAUAUUCGGAUAGAGAAACAAUACUGUAACGUGUCCCAGUUACAAGCGGUGAGUGAGAAAGUCCGGCAGCGGCGUCUCCUGUGCGGGGUGUUGGUAGUGAACGCCUACGAGUCACGUCUGAGUAUUAACGAGGAAAAGGCCGGGAUCGGAUAUGCUGUACUGUACAGGGCACUACUGGAGGCAGCGCAAGGACGGGUGGUCGUAGUGAUCGGCGGGGAUGACAGGUACAAGGCCGGAGAGCAGCACACCAGCGUCCUGUCCACCUGGGCCUACCACAAGAUCGCCGCCCAGUUUGACGACACGUACCUGGACGGCAGGCGGGGCUUCGUCUUCUCCUGGGACCAGCGGCACAACCCGGUUCACGAAGGGGCACUCGGGAGCUACCUUCAGGCCAUCUUGUCAGACAAACCCGGCCUAGAGGAGCCCUUCAAGCCGAGCCCACCGAAAGUCCCUCCAAGACCAUUGCCACAAUUAACAACCCUGCCUCCGAGCACGCCCACUGACUCAGAACACAAUAGACUUGCUGAACAUCAAAUCGGUCCACACAAAGGUGCACGUGGAAUAACUAACCAUGCGAUAAAUGUUCAAAAUGACCCACUUAGGGGCACAUUACAACAAAGUGCACCACCGCACCACACAAGCAAGAGCCCCCUUAAGUCAACAGACCCAGACGUGAAACACAUGUCGGGACAGUUUGCAAAUCCAAAUAAGACUACCGCAUUGAGUAUUCCAUUCAUAAUGAAGGGAACGGAAGGCCAAGCAGCAAAGUAUCUGAAGGCUAAAAUAGAGAAAGAGACUAAAGGUAGAAUAGUAAAAGCCAUGCACAUCUAUCUUGAUAGUGGGCGCCGUAUGGUUCAGUAUGAUUACAAUGAAGGUGACGUGUUCCCUAUCCCAGAUUACAUGCGCAAAGAUAUCAAUGAAAAAAAGUAUGAGCAAGAGGUUGUAGUUGCUGUCAUAAUUGAUGACGGUCCUCGGGCACAUCCUCGGGCACAUCCACCAAGAGAAGAUUUAGGAUUAAUUUUUCUCUUUCUGGCUGAUCUUGUUGACUAUCUUCCUCCUUACUUCUGGCAAACUAAUAAGUGAUUAAGUCUCAGUUGAUGACCUGUAGAAGAAGGAAAUUGAGUAUCAUUUCACAAAAUUAUAUUAAGUAGAUAAAUAUAUUUGUCUAACACAGAAUGUAAGACCUAUGAUGUAUUUUCAUAGUUGAUAAGAUAACACCAUAGAGAAAGAUUUAUGUUUGGGGCAAGAAAGGUAAGAGGUAGAGAUCCCGGUAAGCAAUACAAAAUUCCUUGUCAUCCUCAAAUAGACAUACCUAUUUUAGUUUUAGAAAUAUAAUACAACCAAUCACUCUGAGGAGGUGUGCAUGGAGUUAUAAAGGCAUGCUUGGCUCCUGUAACCGUUAACAAACACCGAGUGAACGAAGCUGGUUUAUACUAGUUCCCCAUGGCAUCGUAUACACCAAAGAAAAGCGAGCUAUUAACGUUAAUUACCAUAUGUCAUACAACAAACUGGGGAGUAAGGUAGGUCUAGUAUAGGUAUAGCAUAUAGAUAUUUCAAUUUUGUAUUUCUUGAAGCAAGUGUUACGAAUUCGCCACUGUUAUCAUUAUCAUAUUAGGCUAUUUAUAUAUAGUCUAUCUAAUGCUUACUAGGGGAAGCGAGAGAUAGCUUAAUAAAAGGAAGUUUCUGCUUGA